AUGGCAGGGCACGGCGCCAGCCUGCUCCUGCUCCUGGGUCUCAUGCCAGCUCUCCUCCUGGCCGUCAGGAUCAAUGGCAAAGGCCGGGAGGUGCUGUACCUUGCCAAGGGAGACUCAGUGAAGCUGGGCUGCCCCUACGUCCUCGAACCUGAAGACAACGGUCCCCAGGGUGUGGGCAUUGAAUGGAUCCAGAUCACGCCUGAGCGGCCUGGCCCGGAGAAAGUGUUCCUGUCCUACCAGGACCACCACGUCAACUAUGGCAGUGGCUCAGGGCUGCAGGACCGGGUGGCCUUCGUGCAGAAUGACCCCAGCCAGUACGACGCCUCCAUCCGCCUGGCUGACCUGCAAGUCUCCGACACCGGCACCUACCAGUGUCGGGUGAAGAAAAACACCGUGGCGGUGCAUGAGGUCAUUGUCACUGUGGAAGAGAAGCCAGCUUCCCCUCAGUGCUGGGCCGAGGGGGAGGUGAUCGAGGGGAACAGCGUGGUGCUGCGGUGCUACAGUCAGGGGGGAGCCUCCCCCCUUGCCUACCAGUGGGCCAAGCUGGCCAGCGGCUAUGGCGGAGGACGCCUGCCCUUCGGUACCAUCCAAGGACGGGCUCCUGGCGACCUGAUCAUCCGUAGCCUGACGGAGGUGCACGCAGGUGUCUACCAGUGCCGCGUCACCAACCGUGUGGGCUACUCCACCUGUCAGAUCAACCUCACACUUGUGCCAAGAGAAAAGAAGGUGGGCAUCAUCGUGGGCUCCAUCCUGGGCUCCCUGCUGCUCCUCAGUCUGCUCGGGCUCCUCAUCUGGGCACUGAUCUGCCGCUACCGACAGAAGGAGUCCCAGCGGGCCUGCAGCGACUGCCGGUGA